UCCGGCGUAUUUUUCUGCCGUUCCCAUAGACAUAGUCGAAUGGCCAUAGCCGAGUAGCUAUUGCCAUUGCCAUAUACAUAAUUUGUGCGGAAAUCUAAUAAAGCGCUUGUCGAUUAUCAAUCUUAUCGCCGGAGUGCACGUGGAGGGUCGCGGAAUAGUGGAAAAGUUUCGGUGAUAAAUUGCCCAUUUCGUAGAUGGAUGACAAUCAUUCUGUAAAGGGGUAUCCCCCACACACCCCAGGCAUCUAGGCAUCAGCAAGCGGAGACGCUAAAUAAUCCGAAACCUAUUGCAGGCACACAGAACAAAAUCGAGUUUAAAAUCAAUUUUUAAUUCAACAAAAGAAAACCGACCGAACGAGAAGCCAGGACAUCAAACAGCAAUUCGAUACAAUGACAACAGUUGGGCCGAGCCCGUGCCAUUGCCAGGACCUCAGCCAGAACCAGGAGCCGCACCAGUUUCAGGGAUAUGUCCCCCGAUCCCCGAACAGGGCUUAGAGCGGCCAGACCGGACCACAAGUGCGGACCCAAUAGGCCGAUCCAUGGCUGUCAACCUGCAGCUGAAUAAUUUAAGCGCCAUUUAUCCGUCGCUCAUGUAUGUGGCUGCCUCGUCGCUUGCCGCAGGCGGCAACUUGGGACUGCCGGAGAACAUAUCCAUCGUUUACGAGGACCUUCUCGCCACGGCCAAUGGCACUGGUGGCGGAGGGCCGAAAGGUGGUGUCGCAAACGAGACGACAGUGCCGCCCACCGACACACCCGGCCCGUCCGUUACCACCUUUAAUUAUUAUAACGAAUCGGCGGCGGCCACGGAAUGGGCCCACUUCUACGACCUGGUGAUCUCCUGGCAGGGCAUCUGCCUGAUCGCCGUCUUCGCUACCUUCAUUGUGGUCACCGUCAUUGGCAACACCCUGGUGAUUUUGGCCAUUCUGACCACGCGUCGUCUUCGCACCAUUACCAACUGCUUCGUGAUGAGUCUGGCGGUGGCCGACCUCCUCGUUGGCAUUUUCGUGAUGCCCCCCGCCGUCGCCGUCCACCUCAUAGGCUCGUGGCAACUCGGGUGGGUGCUGUGCGACAUUUGGAUCUCCCUCGACGUGCUCCUCUGCACGGCCUCGAUUCUCAGCCUCUGCGCCAUCAGUGUGGACAGAUACUUGGCCGUGACCAGGCCGCUCACGUACUCCCGUAAACGGCGCUCCAAACGCUUGGCUCUAAUCAUGAUCCUAAUCGUCUGGCUUUUGGCCCUUGCCAUCACCUGUCCACCCAUUUUGGGAUGGUACGAACCGGGCCGGAGGGAUCUGCGGGAGUGCCGGUACAACCAAAACGAGGGCUACGUCAUCUUCUCGGCCAUGGGCUCCUUUUUCAUACCAAUGGCAGUAAUGAUUUAUGUGUAUGCAAGAAUUUCCUGUGUCAUUGCAUCCAGGCACGACAAUAUGACCGACAUAAGUGUUCACAACAAGAAAUUCAAGCGAUACACGGCGGCGGACGUGGAGAACGAGCUGUCCGAGCAGGAGCUGCACAGCUCGGCGGGAGCCCAACAGCAGCGGCAGAGGCAUGCCACGUCGCGCACCUUCUCCAACCAGACGAUAGCCAAGGAGCUGCACGACAUGAUGCUCAGCGACAGCGAAACUUGUGCUCCGGGCGGCCCGACCGGAGGUGCCGCCACCAGGGAGGCCCAUUGUCAGUCCCUGCUGGCCUUGCCCUCCCCAGGGGCCGGAGGCGGCAGUGCCAGUAGCGGCAAGAAUGGGUGCUACGAACUAACCCGACCCUCCUCGCUGAAGCGCACAUCAACCGCUUCGACGACCAUUACCACAAUGACAAGUGGUAUUGGACCAGGAGCCAGUCUUCUAGAUGCCCAGUGGCAGGCACAACAGCCCGGAGUCCGGACCCACAGCUUCCGACACUCACACGGGGAUAGGAGGAGCCACCACCAUCCGCAUUACCAUCACCAGGGCGGGGGCACAACCGGUGUCAUCAGCUCGGGCCCCACCACUGUCAACACCACCAGCAACAAUUCCAAGUCCCUGUCGAACCGGAUUACAUCGCUCAAGAAGGAGAACAAGACAACCCAGACCCUGAGCAUCGUGGUCGGAGGAUUCAUUGCUUGCUGGCUGCCCUUCUUUAUCAACUACUUGAUCACCCCCUUCCUGGCGGAGCACCAGGCCAGCCAGAUGCUGGCCAAGGCACUAACCUGGCUCGGCUGGUUCAACAGUGCCAUCAAUCCGUUCAUCUACGCUUUCUAUAGUGUUGAUUUCCGAGCCGCCUUCUGGCGACUCACCUGCAAGCGAUUCUUCAGUGCCGGACAGAAGCCGCAGUUCCCCACAAACACCAUGUCCAUCCGGCGAUAGAGGGGCAGGACGAACUCCUCGCAGCAGCAACCCCUAGAUUAUAAUGAAACACCCACACACAACCUCACACCUUCUCACGUCAAGCCCUGAACAAAUAGCCAUUGCAUAACAUAUUAUUAACUUAUUCAUUACCUUUAGGCGAGGUGUGGUCUCUAAUUGCACCUCAACGUCCACCUCCUUUAUCCCUCCAUUGAUCCAUGUGUAAUUGUUCUCCAAUUACUUUGAUAAUUUAUUUCAUCGUCAGGGUUUGCUUCCAAUUCUAGAUCGUAUUUUGUGGUUUAAAAUGACGACUGGUCCCGCCAAGGGAAAACUCCACUGGUUUCGCUUUAAUUUCCUUAAUUCGAGCCAUUUGAGUGGGAUGAUUUGAUUUCCUGUUUCUAUUUAUUUUUAGACUGUUUAUUUUGAGGUUUGAGGUUGACCUUUAAAGAGGAGAGUCCUAUUGGAGGCUUUCUCCAAGUAAACCAAUUAAAGCUGUCCAAAGAAAA